UAGUAUAAUCAAUUCAAUGUUGAUUGGGUGUGGCCCCCAAAAAUCGAAUUUUCAAAUUUUGGUGACGGAACCUUCGAACAAGUAGGUACAGUAUGCCAUCUGCAAAGCAAAAACUCUCAAAUAUAAAACACGGAGGAGGUAUAAGACCCAACGUAUGGGUACUGACUUUUGGCCCACCCUGUACCUAUCGGGAGUCAAAACUGUAAAAAUAUUAUAUAGUCCGGCAUGGAGAAAGAUAGAAAGAAGAAACGCAUCAUAAUCUACAGUAGGAAAAGUCCUGGACCAACAAACUUCUAUGAUCCCUUGGACAAUAAGUUUCUUGAUCGGAAGAUAACGUCAGAACUUAUCACCAGCGGAGUUGCUGAAAUAGAAAUUAAUGACAUUCCUUACGUCAUCUUGCUGCAUGUUUCAUCAGGACGCUUCUUUGAUACAACAAAGUCUACGUGUAUCAGCGAGACUGAGGCUAAGAGACUUACUGAUCUAAGUGGUGUCGCAACUUUGAAAAUUGUUUUGACUGAUCACAGCUUAAUAUCUGAACCGGCAGAUGAAACACCCAAUCCUAAAUCUAUCUCUCUAACUGACGAUAUUGAGCAAAUUGAUCGUGAGAAUAAGAAAGAAAAACUUAAAGAGAAAUUACUGCUUGGAGCAACAGCAGCUGGCGGAACAACUGCAGUGGCAGCAGGAGCAGCAUCAGUCCCCUUUGCAAUGGGUUUCACAUCAGCUGGUGUGGCUGCCGGCUCAGCAGCCGCUGCCAUACAAUCUGGUAUUGGCAGCGUGGCUGCUGGAUCUUGGUUUGCUAUCAUGCAGAGCAUUGCAGCUACCACUUUCAUAGGAACUGCACUUCAAUCAGUGUUAGCUGUUGGGGCUGUAGCAGGGACGGUAACAUCCGGUGUUCUGUUGCACAAGCACGUGAAGAAGAAGAAAGAGAAGAGAGAGAGUUUAGUUAGAGAGAAGAAAUUGUUAGAGGAAUAUGAAGAUCAACUAGAUGACGAUGACGACGAUGAACGUGUAAAUGUCUGA